AUGGCCUCGACACAGCACGUCCUACUCUCCCCCGCCGAGCUCGCGUAUCUACACUCGUCGCUAUCGCUCACGCCGCCGACGCGACCCGACGGCCGCUCGCCGACCCAGUUCCGCCCUCUAACCGCCGAGACGGGCAUCCUACCGGGCACCAAUGGCAGCGCCCGCGUGUGUUUCGCCGACGGCACCGAGGCCAUCGUCGGCAUCAAGGCCGAGGUGCAGCGCACUGGCGCGAAGUAUGGACCGGGGAACGUGCUCCUGCAGCAGACAGACGGCGGUGGCGACGAUGACGAGGCCGGCGACAAUGGCAGCCAGAGGAGCGGCGAGAACGACUGGGUCGAGCUGGCGGUCGAGAUCCCCGGCUAUCGCGACGACGACGCCAACACGGUGUUCCUGGGCGCCAUGCUGAGCGAGGCGCUGCUGGCGGACGGCGGGUUCUCAAAGAAGCUCUGGAUCAACAGGCGGUUUCACUGGAAACUCUAUCUAGACAUCCUUCUGAUAUCACAACCUCUCUCUUAUCCUCUGCCGCUACUGUCCCUCACAACACACCUGGCGCUCCUCGCGACCAGGUUACCGAGCCUCAAGUCGGAAGGAGACGAGGACCCGCUGUUUGACGACGACUGGAACGCAGCGCAGUAUCUGUACCCGCGCGAGGCUGGCCAAGCCGCGUCUCGGCCGCCGAUAACGCUGCUCGUCAUGGCCGUGGGAAAUAACAUCAUCUUCGACCCGGCGAAGGAGGAGCUGGCAGUGGCAGAUGUCGCACUGGCGGUGUCAGUCGGCGAGGCAUCUCGCCAUGAGGGGUCCAACGGUGCCGGUCGCAGUCUCAGGCUGCUGUCGGUCAGGACGAUAGACCCGCCGUCACGGCUAACACCGCCCGGCGUGCCAAACACGACAGGCACAUCAGGCGACGCGGCAGGAGGGGCAGGAAAGCAGCUAGAGGCGAGGGUUGCAGAGGCGGUUUCUAAGGAAGGCGUCUGGAGAGCGCCGAGAGGAGGUGCCAAAGUGGCCAUAUUGGCAGAGAUGACACGCAUGGUCCUGCAGAAAGGUGGCGUCGCCUACGAGGUACUGGAUGGUUUGGAGGGUGUUGAGUUGGGAUAA